AUGGAGUGUGAACCGCAUAUUGAAUUUAUUAGUACUACUCCAGAGAAAGUAGUAUUUGACUUAACAAAUGUCGACGUUUCAGUAGCAAAUAGUCUUCGUCGAAUUAUGUUAUCUGAAGUCCCGACUAUGGCGAUUGAAAUGGUAGUGAUGGAAGUCAACACGUCGUGUAUUCCCGAUGAAAUGUUGGCGCACCGCCUUGGUCUUAUUCCCAUCUAUGCGGACCCACGCAAAUUCCAAUUUGCUCCAAAUCGAGCGUUCUUGGAACCAACAGAAGAAAACACACUUGUCUUCCACAUGGACGUCAUAAACAACACAAAAGACAAAACAGCAGUCCACAAAAACGUGUACUCGUCCGAUAUCAUUUGGGAACCACAAGGCGACCAAGAAACUACUUUUCAAAAGGACCCAAUCCGUGUCGUUCUCGGUGACAUCUUAAUUGCUGAACUCGCUCAAGGUCAACAAAUUAAAUGCAAAUUGUACUGCUGCAAAGGUCUCGGUCAAGACCACGCAAAAUUCUCCCCUGUCUGCACUGCGGCUUAUCGUAUGAUGCCAAAAAUUGAGGUCACCGCAGUCGGUAAAAUGGCUAAAGAAAUCAAAGAGUGUUGCCCACUUAAUGUCUAUGACAUCGAAGAUAACGAACUUGUCGUUAAGAACCCUCGUAAUUGUAAGAUGUGCAGAGAGUGUAUCAGAGAUCAAAGACAAGAAUUCGUCAAGUUGGGUCGAGAAGACAGUCAUUUCAUCUUCACCGUCGAAAGUGUUGGUAUUUACCAAGCAAAAGAAAUAUUUGAAGAAGCGCUCUCUGUGUUGAAGGGAAAGGCUCAGAAGUGUCUUGAAGAGCUUAAGAAGAGAAGAGAGGCUCAAACUGACUAA